AUGAGGGGACAAUCAUUCCUACGUGACUUCUUGACAAAUGGCCUCCUUUACAAGGAUGGUUUCUUCGCUAACUUUGCCCUUGUUUGGCUUAUCACCAAUGGUGCAGGUCUUGCAUCCUACCCCAUUGACAUUGUCCGUAGAAGAAUGAUGAUGACAUCUGGUGAAGUAGUCAAAUACCAGAGCUCAUUGGAUGCAUUCUCUCAGAUCUUGAAGAAUGAAGGUGCCAAAUCCCUCUUCAAGGGUGCUGGUGCUAACAUUCUCCGUGCUAUUGCUGGUGCUGGAGUUUUGGCUGGAUAUGACAAGUUGCAGUUAAUUGUGUUUGGAAAGAAGUACGAUUCUGGAGGUGCCUAA